AUGGGCGACGAAAGCGUGUGGAAAACCCAGCAAUUUCCGCUCACCUUUUACGACGAAGGUGAGGCUGACACAUGUGUGUUUUGGGAUUUGAAUGAUUACCCGAUCCCAAGUGGUGUCCAUCCUGCUUCGAUUCGUAGGAGAAUUCUUCAUGCUAUUCGGGAUCAAGGUAUUGUUGGGGAUGUGUCAAUUCACGCCUAUGUUGAUGCCUCUGAACGUGAAUAUUGUGAUGCUGGAUUCCAAGUCGAAGUAUUUCCCAAAAGUGAAGCCUCCCGGAAGCGGAGGGUUCCUGCUCGAACCGAUCCUACGUUUUUGACUAGCAUAUUCGAUCCAGUACAGAGAAUACCGUAG